AUGUUCAAACUACUGCUUCAGCUCGUUGUUCUGGUGGCGUUCGUGCAUGGAGCGCCGGCCAAGAGGCAACGCCAGGCAUACGAAACGGUAGUCAAACACGAACCGCAAAUAGGCGUCGAUCAGAUGCAGUUCGAACCGGUCGAUGCCGGCAUGGAGAUGGCCAACGAGGAGUUGGGUAAAGACGCACCGGACGAUUACUACGCCUACCCGAAGUAUCAGUUCGAGUACGGUGUGAAGGAUCCAAUCACCGGCGAUCACAAGAGUCAGUGGGAAAUGCGGGAUGGUGACAUCGUGAAGGGAGCUUACACCCUCGACGAACCAGACGGUACGCAGCGCAUCGUGGAGUAUCGGGCGGACGAUAAAAAUGGCUUCGUAGCGAUCGUGAAGAAAAUCGGUAAACCGAUUCACCCAGAGGAAGGCCAAAAGAUGGAGCGAUCUGCAGCGCUAGAACACCACAGUCACAAAGUCGGACAGAGUUACAGCAAGCUGAAGAAGUUUAGCUAA